AUGAGACGGACAAGACGAACGCCAAAAUGUCAACCAAAAUUGUGGAAUCUCUACGAAGCUGCCAUACAUGGACUAGCUCGUACCAAUAAUGGUUUGGAAGGAUGGCAUAAUGGCUUUCAAAAGCAAAUUGGUGGUCAUCAUGUAUCAAUUUGGAAGAUGUUUAAAGGUCUACAAAGGGAAGUCGGUCUAGCUAAAUUAAAAAUGGUACACAUGAGGCUGGCAAAGAAGAAAAGCAGAAAUUAA